UUCUUAGUUAGGAAAAUUAGGAUUCCAGAUUUUAUAAGAAAAGGAUGGUAAAGUAUUUUCUACAAGAAAUAAUAGGGAGAACAGAUGCUCCAGUAAUGUUGGAGCAGGACCUACAUUUUUAUUAUACCCAUGAUGUUAAAUGAAAAAACCUGAAUCGAUUCACUUUGUACUUGGUAAAUUUCAUUCAGGGACAGACCUGAGGGAAACCUUGCAGAUUCAGCUAACAAUAACAGCCAAUAAACUCCCAUUGUUAAACAUUAAUAUAUGUUUACUUUUCCAAAUGGCAGUCUUGAAUAUGAUAUUUCAGUGACCCUCACGGAGAUAAACUGAGGUAUAAAGUACUGGGUGCAUGAAAUUUACGGCUUCUUUCAUGCUUCUUAGUCCAGCUAUUGUAAAGAUGCAGCUUUUCUCUACUGUCCUUUUUCUUGUCACGAUGUGCCUUGCAUCAGCCUCUGAUAAAAGAAUUCUUCGUGCUAAUGGUGCCUUUGCUAGCAGGGCAAAUGUCAGCAUGCUGACUGUUAGCAAUGGAGGACCCUGGGGCUAUUGGACAUGGACGGACGUGUGUCCAGAAGGGUCAUAUGCCAUUGGAUUUAGUACAAAGGUAGAAGAGUACGGAGGAGGUGCUUUUGAUGACACGGCACUCAAUGGAAUCCGUCUAUUCUGUUCCACCGCACAGACCAGCCACAUUAUGUACACUGUUGAAUCUGAAGCAGGAGAGUAA